GUGGGGGGGUUCACUGUUAGCUUCACUGUUAGCUCCGCCGCUAGCCGCUGCGCGCACACGCUGCCAUUUCUGAGCCCACUCCAAUGGCUGCAGGUCCCGGCUAAUCCCUGGAGCGGGAAACUUUCACGGCCGGGCCAAACUAAGUCCCGGCGGCUACUCGGUCGCCAUCGUAGCGAUACUAACGUGGUCCGGAGAGGCUGUUUAGGUAGAGGGAGUCGGCUGAGCGUGCAGACAUGUCGGGUCGCUCCGCUGCAGAGAUGGAUGACUCGCAGGAGCUGCCGGAGCUGCCGUCAAAGAAAGCCAAGCUUGAGAUCGAUGGUGGACUGGAGAAAGAUUCCAGUGCUCUUGGUGACGAUGGGAGUCCAGCUGCUGUUUUAGGUCCUUCAGAGCAGGAAAACUCAUAUUCUGCGCUGUCCACCGCUCAGCUUGAUCCAGACGACCAGGAGCAGUCGGACAUAGACAGAGGAGCAGCGUCUCAAGACUGUGGCGACACGAUGAACUCGUAUGCACAUUCUGCCACAGACUCAACGGCCACUUCUGAAUACACCCAACAGGUUUAUCAAGGAAGCAAUCCAGCGGUGACGUCGUACACCAGUCAGCUGGGCUUUCCUCCUCUGGUCCAGUCCGCUGUGUACUCGGCCUUCCCCCAGACAGGCCAAACCUACGGCCUCCCACCGUUUGGUGCUAUGUGGCCAGGCAUAAAAACAGAGACAGGGCUGCCUGAGGCACCCUCUGGUGGCCAGCCUGGGUUUCUCAGCUUCAGCACCACAUAUACCUCAACCCAGCCAGGCCAGCUGCACUACUCAUACCCCAGCCAAGGCUCCAGUUUUACAACAUCCAGUGUGUACUCCAACAUCCCCUCAGCUACAGCCACCACCACAGCCUCCACCACAGCGACCCAACAGGAAUUCAGCAGCUACAACUCUCUGGGUCCGAGUCAGUUCUCCCAGUACUACGCUCUGCCUCCCAGCUACGUCCCCGCCGGGCUGGCCAGCAGCGACGAGCAGGGGGCGGGUGUGGCGGGAUAUUCGGCUGUGAAGUCAGAGGACGCCGCCUCAGCUGGACUUCCUCCCAGAGAUGCCUCUCCACCAGAGAACCUCCCAGUAGGAGCAGCUCUUCCCAUCAGUGUGGCGCUCCCUGCUGAUGCCAGAGAGCAGGACGAGGUUGGACGCAGGAACUCGGUUGGUAAAGCUAAAGGAAAAGGGAAGAAGUCUGAGAACUCCCCACCGGCGGACAGCGACCUGGAGCGUAUCUUUCUGUGGGAUCUGGAUGAGACCAUCAUCAUAUUCCAUUCACUGCUCACUGGCUCCUACGCACAGAAGUUUGGCAAGGACCCAGCGACGGUGCUGAACUUGGGUCUGCAGAUGGAGGAGCUGAUCUUUGAGCUGGCCGACACUCACCUUUUCUUCAAUGACCUGGAGGAAUGUGAUCAAGUCCAUGUUGAGGACGUGGCUUCCGAUGACAAUGGCCAGGACCUGAGUAACUACAACUUCUUGGCCGAUGGCUUUACUGGGCCCAGUGGUGGAGGAGCAACAGGAACCACAACCGGAGUCCAGGGAGGAGUGGAGUGGAUGCGUAAACUGGCCUUUCGAUACCGCCGGCUAAAAGAGAUCUACAACAGCUACAAAGGAAAUGUUGGAGGUCUGUUGAGUCCGAUGAAGAGGGAGCUGCUCGGACGACUUCAGUCUGAGAUCGAGAACGUAACGGACGCCUGGCUCAGCACAGCGCUCAAGUCUCUGCUGCUCGUCCAGUCCAGGGGGAAGUGUAUGAACGUGUUGGUCACCACCACUCAGCUCGUUCCUGCGCUGGCGAAGGUCCUGCUCUACGGCCUGGGAGACGUCUUCCCCAUCGAGAACAUCUACAGUGCAACGAAAAUAGGAAAAGAAAGUUGCUUUGAAAGGAUCAUUUCUCGCUUCGGGAAGAAAGUUACUUACGUGGUGAUCGGUGACGGUCGAGACGAGGAGUUUGCAGCAAAACAGCACAACAUGCCUUUCUGGAGGAUCUCCACUCACGGGGACCUCGUGUCCCUGCACCAAGCGCUGGAACUGGACUUCUUGUAGAGGAGCGGCUACGCUGAAUGUCGUACACUAAAAGGGAAAACGUAGUCGUCGUCCUGUUGGCUCAUGGAGAUGCACUGCGUGAAAAAAUCCUUCAGAACCCCAACAAUACACACUCGCAUUUUAGAAUCUGCUCUAAAGGACGACGAAUGACCCGGUGUGUGACGGUAAAUGUACUGAGACGGACUUUGGGUCGGAGCUGACUGUGAGUAACAGACUGGACGCAGCCGUCGGCUGAAUUAAGGUUCCUCACGUCCGGCACCCCCCCUUUCGGCAGCUAACCUCACCACGGCUGAGACUGGCACUGAUUUGGAAACAGAAGGGAAGACAGAUUUUAACUUUCUCCUCCUCCUCGGUCUUUGGCCUCAUUUUCUUUGUUCAAUAUCAAAAAUCCUCCUGCAGUAAUCGCUAUCCUCUUUAUUUUUGUAUUUCGUUUUCUUUCUGGAUAUUGACAACCAAAGGGCCAUUCUUCUUAAAUGUCCUUCUCUUGUGGAGUAGUAUCUUUUUAUUUAGACCCUGUAUUAUUUGAAAGAAUAAUAUCAAAGCAAACAUUGGGUUGUUUUGCACUCGUUCAAAGACUUGAAGGCAUCACUUUGCAGUUUCCUUUGCAAAUCACUGACUUUCUAGUUACUGACCAUCAUCAAGAAUCAAAUAAUAAUGUAUGUAUUGUAGCCAGUCGGAUUUUUAACACAAGGUACGAGAUGGGAUUUUUAAAAAAAACAGAAAACCAGACGUCUGCUGCUCCCCCGGUCAAACCACAGGUCAGUCAGCUGACCUCCUCGCAGUGUGAGUGUGUGAUCUGUGGUCAGCAACUGGUGCUGAGAAUCACCGGUUUCUGGAUGAACAAACACUUUUUCACCACCAUCCUCAAUGUAUUUAAAUCCUCUCUCAGCUGUUAAGACAAGUGCAUCCAUCAACAGAACUCUCAAAAACCAUCUAGUGGUAUUGAGUAUACUUCAUUUUCCCUGUGUGAACAUAAUGUCCGUAUCAGAAACUGCCUAAAAUCGAUAAUGUGGUUGAUGUGAGACGCAGAAUCUCAGAAUAAGAUUUGUUUCCCUCUGCUGGUUGAGAGAGCCGUCUCUUCUUUCUUACGCUACACGUGAUUUUUUAAAAGUCGUCUUUUGCCUGAAGAAUUCUUUAACACGAAGCUGAUAACGUGGUUUUCACAGGACGACGACAAUUAUCGGUAACAUUUCCCGUCUCUCGGGCUCCUCAGCGAAGUCCUACGUGUCCUCGAAAUCCCCCGAGGAGACGAACUCCGAUCAAAAUUUAAAAAAGGUGUUGCGAUGAUUGUGUAUUUAAAAUCAUGGCUGUCCGUUAUGAUACAAUACAGCUCAACCAAUGUUUUAUUGGCUUGUUGUCAAAUCUCAUUUCAAUAUUCUGAAAUAUUUUUUUUGUGUGGCUACAAAAGCAGAAAUGCAUUGUUGAUGAAAUCGACGAUCAUUUCUACCAAAAAGUUAUUUUUGUUUACAAAGGCGUUUUCGCGACCUGUCUUUUCAGCUUCUUUUUCAGGUUAUAUGUUAUUUAGCUGUCGUUUGUUUUAACAGUUCUUUAAAACUAUUUCAUUAUCAAUUGAUAACUUUUUCUCGCCUCUAUUUUUGUCUAAAUCUGCAACAGUGAAUCCGAUUCAUGAGCAACUAUUGUGAUCAUCGAUUCAUCAUAAAUCAGGAGAUCUGGCUCCAGCUUCUCAAAUGAUGGUACAAACAUCAAUGUCUUGUGUCUGCGGCUGUUGACGUCAGCAGCAGAAACAGUUUCAACUGUGAAAAAAUGGGAAAUGUUCAAUUUACUGUCGCAGAGAACCAAGAAAAACUGCAGAUUUUCUCCCUUAAGUGUCAAAACAAACUUAUUUUUGCGACUUAUUGUGAAACUUAGUAGUAGAUGAUCAAAAUAGUUGCUAACUAGUCAUUUCAGCUUGUUGAACCUUUUAAAUCUACGACCCCCCCCCCUCAAUGACUUUUACUGCUUUGAGUUUUCAUCACGGCGACCCACAGCUUCUUAGAGUCAGACCCGAGGGGGCGGGGGGGGAGCAGCAGCGGCGACGACUGUGCAAUACAUUUCUACUUUGCUCAUUAACUGUAUUUCAAAAGGGAUUUUUUUUUUUCAGCUGCUUGUUGAAAAUGGGGAGUGGGGGGGGGGCGACAACUUCGCUGAACCUGAGAUUACGACUGAACAAUACUGAGCCUGAAGAAGAUUUUACACACAUGCAGCUCGACCGUUACGAUUGUGUAUUUGUGUGUUACUCGUUUGUGUUACUCGUGUGCCUGUUCAUAUUUAUAUUGUGCCUUUUUUUUAACCAUCAUCCGAACGCAUAAUCUCAAAGGGAAAUUGUGUACGAUUUUGUGUUGGAUACAUAUAUCACUGCAUUGUUAUACUAUCCAAAGUGUUACUUUCUUUUAAUCCAAUAUUUCUUGUUUUUGUUAUCGAGUUAGACGUUUUGAUUGAACUGUCCUGUCUGCACUGUAUUUAAAAGGUCUCCUAAGAAAAGAGUGUUUGGUGUUGAUUGCUCUGUGUUUUUUCGCUAAUGGAUCCCAGUUUUAGUAUUUUGACAAUUUUACUGGUGAAAAUCUCAUUUCCCAACAAUCACAUCAGCUUGUAUGGCUCCUUUUUGAAAAGGAGGUUUUAUUUUGCUGCUGUGAAAACAUCGCUUGGACAAUCACAACCUGUUAGACACGCUGUUUUCUUUUUUUAACGCAGGUCAGAUUACGAAAGAGAGAGGCACGUUUUAAGAGGCCGUGCUUUUUUUCGAUGGCUCAGUGUCGUAGGGGAAAGAUGGGAUCAUUAGCCCCUGACACACAUUUGAGGAAAACAUGAGACCAUAUGCAAUCUCUGCGUUUUUUCUUUCUUUACUUUAUCUGCAUGCCUUGUCAUGGCCUUCAAAAAAAAAAAAACACGACCAUGUAUAUUCUUAGACGUGUCCUCUUUUUCUUUUUAAUGCCAAAUACUGUUGUUGAUUUUAAAAUGCUGUCUUGUUUAUUUUUCUAUCUUUUUUUUUUAAGUAUUUCAUCUCGUUUUCAAGGACUUGUGAGGCUGCGAGUACCGAGCCUGAAUAUGAUCCUGUAAACUGAAACCCCUUCAUCUUUAUUCAUGCUAAUUUAAUUACAAUAAUCACUAUUUCCCCUCGGUCCCUCGACACGGUCCUGUAAGGUUUGUCUGAACCUGAGACUCAAUACGAUGUAAAUAAAUUUUAAAGUUUCAGACUCAA